AUUCUCCUCAGUGAAAGAGAGAGAGAGAGAGACAUUUAUCCGGCAGAUGCAGAGCGAGCAUCAGCAGAGACGGAGAUAUUUGGAUGGGAGCCAUUCACCAAGAGGAGCGGGGGUCUGAACACAUUCUCCUUCUCUCCUGCGCGAGGACCCCAGUUGGAAAAACUGUGACCGCCGCUUUUUUUGACAUGGAAUAAAUCAACUCUGUCGGCCAUUGUGCUUUUUGUUCGAGAUUUUCCCUGGACUUCACUUAAGUGUUUAUAUUGUGGAAACAUUUGAACACAUGGAGUAUGGAGGCCUUGUUGCAUUGUCAAAGUUUGUGGAUCAGAUGUUGUGGACAACUCUGCAGCUGGGUUUCUUCUGUGACCUCAGUGGUAUGACACAUUGGAGGUGAGAGGGGGCACCAGUUCAAGACCUCUUUGUCUUUACAAUGAGACUUUCAGCCAGUGUGGCUGCAGUUUCCUGUAAAUGUCCUCUGCUGUUACUCCUUUGUGUUGUCUUCAAGAGUUGUCAUGGGGACCAGCUGAAACUAGAUCAUUUUUACUAUCCCAUCCCCAGCCAGACUGCAAAACCAGGACUCGUAUCACUGCCUGAACCGGUUGUCUCUCCAACCCAAAGGACUACCAAUCCAGCACUCAUGGACCUGCUUUUGAGGACCAACCUUCAGAUUGCAACCAUGCCAAACUACCCGCCCACCAGCACACAUCUCCCAUCAGCCCUGUCUCAUGUCAACAGUCUACCAAUCCAAAACAAGAAUCUUUCAAAGCCAGUGGCGGGAAUACAGUUUGCAAAACCAAGCAACCUAAGGAAAUCUCAGCGAGAGCUCAAUCCCAAAAGUAAAUCACGGUUUAUUUCAAGGUCCAAGUCCAAGUUAGGCCAAAAUGAGGAAGCUGUGACAACACCAACUGCUGCUUUUGUGUCCAACUCCAAGCCAACUUUCACUCCAAACUCUGGGAGUUCAACAUUUAAGCCUAGAAGUGGUUUGGACUCAUUCUUCAGUUUUAAAUCAAAACUUACAUCAAACCUCAGAUCUGAUUCCAAGAGUGGUGGAGGUCAGACCAACCAAACCCAGUCACUGCCCAAUAAGGAUUUCCAACAACGUCCAAAAAGAGGAUGGAUAUGGAACCAAUUCUUUGUUCUGGAGGAACAAGUUGGACCGGUCCCUCAGUAUGUCGGAAAGCUCCACUCAAACUCGGACAAGAGCGAUGGCACGGUGCGCUACACCCUAUCUGGAGAAGGGGCCGGGUCCAUCUUCAUCAUUGACGAGACCACGGGUGACAUUAACGCGGCCAAGAGUCUGGAUCGUGAGAGCAAGUCACAGUAUGUUCUACACGCAAGGGCCAUCGACCGACGGACCAACCUCUCGCUGGAGGCAGAAUCAGAGUUCAUCAUUAAAGUCCAGGAUGUCAAUGACAAUGCCCCAACUUUUCCUGAUGGACCUUUCUCUGCCACGGUUCCGGAAAUGUCUGAUGUUGGAACAUCCGUUCUCCAGGUGUCUGCUUCAGAUGCCGACGAUCCCACAUAUGGAAACAGUGCCAAAAUCGUCUACAGCAUCUUGGAGGGAAAGCCCUACUUCUCAAUUGACCCUAAAACUGGUGUCAUUCGCACGGCUGUCUCCAACAUGGACCGUGAAACAAGCAGCCACUAUUCACUUCUGAUCCAGGCCAAAGACAUGGCAGGCUCAAUCGGGGGUCUUUCUGGAUCAACAACUGUCAACGUUACACUGAGUGACGUCAACGACAAUGCUCCAAAAUUUUCACAGAAAAGCUACCAGUUGUAUGUGCCAGAACUGGCACCAAUUGGGAAGGCAGUGGGUCGGAUCAAGGCCAAUGACGAAGAUGAAGGACUGAAUGCAGAAAUGACCUACAGAAUCACCAAUGCUGAAGCUGCUGCCAUGUUCACCAUCACCACAGAUGAGGACGGUCGAGAAGGGAUCAUUUCCAUCAAACAGCCUUUGAACUACGAGAAGAAGAAGGUCCAUACGCUUAAUAUCGAAGGCAGCAACACCCACCCAGAUCCCCGUUUCUCCCACCUGGGGCAAUUUCGGGAUACGACAAUGUUACGGGUCAUUGUUGGGGAUGUGGACGAGCCGCCUGUCUUCACCAUGAACUACUACAUCAUGGACAUCUAUGAAAACUCUCCCGCUGGCACACAAGUCGGAACUGUGACUGCUUUGGACCCUGACAGCACCAACAGCGAAAUAAGAUACUUUAUAGAGAACAAUGAGGCGAGGCCAACAUAUUUCACCAUCGGAGUAAACAGCGGCCUCAUCCGGACCACCCAGACUCUGGAUCGGGAAGAGACAGCGUGGCACAAUAUCAGCGUGAUGGCGGCGGAGGUUGAUAACCCUCGAAUGGUUAACCAUGUUGCAGUCACUAUCCAGGUCCUGGACAUGAACGACAAUGUCCCAACCAUCGCUGGAGGCAACAGUGCAAUUGUGGUGUGUGAAAGCACCAAACCUGGACAGGUGAUUCAGACCCUCCGCGCAGCAGAUCGGGAUGACUUUGCAAAUGGCAAGUUUUCCUUCUCUGUACCAGCAGACCACCAACACAACCCAAACUUUACAGUAAAGGACAACGGAGACAACACUGCCAGUAUCAUAUCUGUUCGGCGAAGUGGCUUCAGCCAGGACAGAGACCAGAAGUUCUUCAGCUUAGUCCUGGUGGUGGCGGAUGGUGGAGAGCCUCAACUCAGCAGCACAGCCACACUCUCACUCAGGGUGUGUGUAUGCCAGAAGAACAUCAAGGGGCGUGGUGGCAACGUGUGUCAGGCCCAGGCCUUCUUGUCCUCGGCAGGUCUCAGCACCGGCGCCUUUGUGGCCAUCCUUCUGUGUAUCCUCAUUUUAUUAGCCAUAGUGAUGCUCUUCACCCAGCUACGAAGCAAGAAGGCCAGUAAGGAGCCCCUGAUUAUCUCUGAGGAGGACAUCAGAGAAAACGUGGUGACUUAUGAUGAUGAAGGAGGCGGUGAGGAAGACACAGAGGCCUUUGACAUGACUGCCCUUCGCAACCCUAAAGCAGCUGAGACUCAUCGGAAGUUCCACAUGAGUAACAGCGUGGGCCUGUAUGAGGACGUGGAUGAGCUUGAGUUGAGUGAUGAGGAGACAGUUGUAGUCAGCAGGAGGAAAGGGCCAGGCCUGGACUACAACCCUGAAUCAGAGCCUGCUUGGUUUGUCAUUGACUGUCUUCCGGAGGACAUCACUCGGUCAGCACGAUCUCUCAUUGUUGAUGACCAUGACAUUAUUCAGAGGAUCAUUGGACAAAAAGUGGCCACAGCAGACUUGGACACGAGAGGCCCUCCGUAUGACUCACUCCAAACAUAUGCCUAUGAGGGCAGAGGGUCCUUGGCAGGGUCAGUCAGUUCCUUAGGCCUGACAGCCACAACACAAGAAUUAUUCUGUGUUGACCUGGAGGACUGGGAGUCAGAGGAGACAAUUCUGGGACAAAUCAGUGAUGAGCAACUGGCAACAAUGCAAGAUAACUCUGACUUUUAAAGGGCACAGACAGACAGAAAGUCAUCAACUGUUAUUGCCAAAUUGCUGUGGUAGGAUGGAUUGAUUGUGCGAUUCAAACUUCACACAUAGGUUCACUCUUACCUUUCAUGAACAAGUCCAGAUUCGGUUCUGAUUGUCAGGUGUACUUACAUGAGCAUCUGUUGUACUUGUGUUUUGGGACAGUAUGGCGACACCAAUCUCGUGUGUUUGAGAUUCUUUUGUACCCUGAAUUAUGGACUGAUUUCUUGUUGGAAAUUGUGGUUUUGUAUGAUUGUUUGUUUGUUGUUUCUAAAGUGCAGACAGAAGCUUCGGAAAUGCCCUUUUCUGAUCUAGCCAUUUCCACGUGUUGAGGAAUAAACACACACACACACACACACACACACACACACACACACACACACACACACACACACACACACACACGUGUGUGGCCGCUGCAUGUGGGAGGGGUUGCAGAGUUAGUGACGUCUCUCCAGAAGUGAAGAGGUGCCCGGUGCGUGUCCAGCUCUGAAUGUGCGUUUCUGUGCAGUUUGGCUGUGACAAAGUCAUAAACCAGGUAACGCUCUGUCCCAGACUCGCCUCAUCCCUGCCCGAGCUCCAGCCGACAACAGGACAUCAAACCCUGGAGUGCGCGCUCCUGUGACACUCUACCACGGACCAGUGCGGAGACAGGAAAGGUUUUACACCUCAAUAUGAAGAAGAAACAGUCAGUAAAUGUAGCUAGCGGGACACAGAGGAUACAGAGGUUGCGUUAUACACAAUAACAAAGCGCGUCGUGGGUCAGCUGAUCGGUCCGCGCACGUUAUGUUUUUUCGGGUUUUUUCGGGGGCGUUGGAGUUCUGGAUUUAUGUUCGAAAUCCGAAGCAAAAAAUUCUUUCGAACUCCGAUUUGUUCUAAAACCGAGGUACCACUGUAUGUUGAAAGUAUUUGCUCACCCCUCCAAAUGAUCAGGAUCGGUGUCCUACUCAUUUGGCCGCAGGUGUAUAAAAUCAAGCAGCUAGGCCUGCAGACUGUUUUGACAAACAUUUGUGAAAGAAUGGGCAACUCUCAGGACCUCAGUGAAAUCCAGUGUGGUACUGUCAUAGGAUGCCACCUGUGCAACAAAUUGAGUCGUGGAAUUUCCUUGCGCCUAAAUAUUCCACAGUCAACUGUCACCAUAAUAAUAAGUAAAUGGAAGAGUUUGGGAACAACAGCAACUCAGCCGGUGGUUGGCCAUUUAAACUGACAGAGAGGGGUCAGUGGAUCCUGAGGCGCAGAGUGCUAAGAGGUCGCAACUUUCUGUCAUUUGCUACUGAGCUUCAUACUUCAUGUGGACUUCAGAUUAGACCAAGUACAGUACGCAGAGAGCUUCAUUUGUUUCCAUGGCCGAGCAGCUGCAUCCAAGCCAUACAUCACCAAGUGCAAUGCAAAGCACCGGAUGCAGUGGUGUAAAGCAGGCAGCCACUGGACUAUAGAGCAGUGGAGACACCUUCUCUGGAGUGAUGAAUCACAAGUCCAGGUUUGGAGGUGGCCAGGGGAACAGUACAUUUCAGACUGCAUUGUGCCAAGUGUUAAAUUUGGUGGAAGGGGAAUUAUGGUGUCGGGUUGUUUUUCAGGAGUUGGGUAUAGCCCCUUAGUUCCAGUGAAAGGAUUUUUGAAUGCUUCAGGAUACCAAAACAUUUUGGACAAUUCCAUGCUCCCAACCUUGUGGGAACAGUUUACAGUGGGUCCCUUCCUCUUCCAACAUGACUGAGCACCAGUGCACAAAGCCAGGUCCAUAAAGACAUGGAUGACAGAUCCUGGUGUGGAUGAACUUGACUGGCCUGCACAAAGUCUGGACCUGAACCCCAUAGAACACCCUUGGGAUGAAUUAGAGUGGAGACUGAGGGCCAGGCCUUCUCCACCAACAUCAGUGUGUGACCUCACCAAUCCGUAAUAUCAAUCAGCUGUAAUAGCUGCAAAAGGUGGACUGACGUCAUAUUGAACCCAAUGGGUUAGGAAUGGGAUUGAACUUCAUAUGUGAGUCAAGGCAGGUGAGCAAAUACUUUUGGUGUAUAUGAUUUUCAGUGACAAUUAAAUGCUGCUCUUGGUUUAGACAGAGGUUUCAUGAAAUUAGAUCUCAGCAUUUUACAGCAUGCAGUGCCAUGUGGUGGCCUCUGAAAAUCUGGACAUUGUUUCAUGAACCCUCAUCAACCCUUCGGUGCUGCCAUGAAAGUUCAUGAACCCAUCACCUUUGUCAAUGCAAUGCUUUCUGUAUACGGAGGCUCAUGAGCUUUCAUGAAAUUCUGUCCUCAUUUUCAGAGAUCCACUAGAUGGCACUGUCUCUAAAGUGCCAUUUUCUGGGCGCUGAAAAUGAUGACACUGAAGCCUCGCUGAACAUAUGCAUGGAAUUAUUUGAAAAUGAAGAGGGUUCUGAAAACAGCAGGCUACAUCUAAAGGUAUCCUCAGGAUAGCGGCAGAUGAUUUAACUAGUCAAAAACACAAAAAGGUGACAACAAAAAGUGAUAACAAACAAAUGAAAAUAGGAAAAAGGAUGAAAAGAUGAAUAAAAUGUUUUCUAACAUAGAAGAUAGUGAUGGGUAGAUGGGUUAUUUUCAUGAUAGUUUCAUGAAACAGUAUUGAAUGGUUGAUGAGGUUUCGUGAUACAAUAUCCUGACUUUCAGAGGCCACCAGAUGCAAAGUCUGCUCUAAAAAUGUUCAGCUUAUUCAAUGAAACCUCACAUCAUUUCUAAACCAAGAGCGCCUUCUCGUAGCCGCUGAAAAUUGGGACAACUCUGCAAUACUGUUUCAUGAUACCUCAUCAACCCACCAGUAGUAGAAAAUCAAGAAAACAUGUGGCAUCGGCCAGAUUAAUAUGUUUCACCUUUCCAGAAGGCAUCUCCUUCUUAAUACCCUCUAAAUAUUAAAUAGCAUUUUUGAAUCAAAAACGUUGGUGGUGCAGUGAGCUAACACAAGCUCCACACACAUUUGCAGUGCAUUUCAUCCUCACCAUCUCCGUUGUCACUGUACAGGGGAUACAAGUAAGAUCAUAACUGUCACAAGAUCUCUGUCUAAAGGAACCUUUCAGGGGUCUCAAACAGAUGCACAAAGGGGCCGCAGUGAGUGCAGGUUUUUGUUCCAACCCAUCAAGCACACACAGUUUAACCUGUACCCACUGCAGCCCUGAGACCCCUGCUUUAGGUUGAGGUGCAGCAGCAUUGCUGCCAUAAAUGUGGUGAUAUGAAAUCACUAGCAGAAUAAAGGCUUCUCUCGGAGAUCAGACUCCUUUUUCUGAUCCGUCCACAAGACUAAAUGAGUCCAGAGAUUGUUGGUUGUAACAAUAGUCAGAUGUGAUUAAUUUAUGGACUUGUCAUGUCUCAGCUGUCGCUCCUUCUUCUGUGAAUUUUUUUCAGGAAAGAGGGAAGGUAAUUUAAAGCACAAGUUUGGAAAUUGUAUUGACAAUUUUGUAUAAAAUUCUCAUUGAUAGUACCAGCACAAAAAUACUUGCCAGAGCAUUUAUCCUCCCAACGGUUGCUCUCCCGCCUUUCAGUGUUUUUUACUCCACUAGAAAAUGGAAAUGAAUGUUGAUUGAAAAAAUGAUGAGACUGGUGGAGAAGCUGUGUCGUGUAUUUUUAUGGGUAAA